UCUAAGGGGGUGGGGGCGAGCGGUCCCCUGUUAAGGUAAUUUCCCAGGACAGAGGUUGCAAGUUCCUGAGGUUGAACGUCCCACGUGCAGGAUGCCAGAGCAAAAGAAGAAAAGGUCUGAAAUGUCAGAGAAAAAGAAAAGGAAAUUAAAGAAGCUGGUGGCAGAAGAGGAGCCCCUUGCACAGGAGAAGCCCCAGAAGAAGAAGAAACUGAGUGCCAAGGUGAGGGCAGUCUGUGGUAUUCCCUGCACCGUGAAGAGCAUCCAGUUAUUCUGUAUAUCCUCAGACCCUUUAGAAACAGGAGUUUCUCAGGUGGAUGCUGCAAGUGAUGAGGAAAAGGAAGAUGAGCAGGAACUGACCCCAGAGGAAAGGAGAACCUUGGAAAGAAAACUGAAGAAGGAACGUAAAAAAGAACAAAAGAAACAGCUUCGGGAAGCAGGGAUUCAUGUUGUAAAAGAAGACCCUCAAAAACCAUCUGGAGCAGAGUUGGCCUUAGACUAUCUCAUUAGCUGGGCCAAUAAGCGUGAGGAGUGGAAGUUUCAGAAAACAAGGCAGACCUGGCUCCUGCUUCACAUGUAUGACAGCAAUAAGGUGCCAGAUAAGCAUUUCUCCAUUCUGCUGGACUACUUGGAGGGUCUAAAAGGAAGGGCCCGAGAGGUGACAGUGCAGAAAGCUGAGACGCUCAUGAAGGAAUUAGACAAUGCAGAGCCUGAAGAUUCAAGUUUAGUAGAGAAGAGUGAGAGAAUCCGUCAAGUGCUACAGCUGCUGUCCUAAGAGGGGAUGAGCCGGCGUCUCCAUAGCUCCAUCAGCAGAAGAAAAAUUGUCUUCCCAAACCCCCGGAAAGGAUGGCUCUCCCCUUCUCUCACAUGAAUGUGUGUGUGUGUGUGUGUGUGUGUGU